CCAGGGUACUUUGAUGGCGUUUGCGCUUAUUCAGAACAUUUUUACAGUUUACAGACUUUGCAAGGAUAUCGCAGUCAGAAUGACAUUAACCUUUCAAAACUUCAUUGAUGUUUUGCCAUAAAUGAAUAUAUACUGAUUGAUUUUCCUUUUUAUUUUCCACUAACCAGACAAAGAUUACAACGAGAUUCUCACGCUGAUGUUAUCCUAAUAAAUCAUUAUCACAGUUCCAUUUUUUAUAAGAUAACAAGUUUAUGAGUUUCUACACGUGUUAUUAAUUUCUCAGUCAUUUGUAGCAGGAUCAUUUUUGUUCCCGUUUUAUUUUCUUAUUCUGAUAUAGUAAAGGCAUUUCUUAAAAAUCUGAAAGUAGUUUGAUUACAUUGCACAAUUAUAACUUUUUACCAGUUUUGUGAGUUAGCGUGACUACACUGUAGUAAGGUGUGCUUAUAUCCGAUUUUAUUUCACUGUUAUACUCUUAUAAGAAAUUGAAUGUUGUACUUUUGACCUGCGGUCAAAGUCUAGAGGCUGUGACAUAAAUUUGAUCAGGCUAGUAGGCAAAAGAUUAUCCCACCAGAUGUCGUUUCUCCUCUAUUGGAACAGUGGGGCCAAUAAUAAACACACACACACAGACACAGUAAUCUGAGGCAGGCAAGUAGCCCUUGCGCGUCCCUUUCUCUCUUCUCUUCUCUUUUCUCUCGGACAGGCAGUGGCUGUUCCAGUCCAGCCGGUGUCAAGUUUUAUCCAGGCUGUAUGUUGGACAGUUCAGAUUCAAUCAUCUUUUAUGAGUACACUACAGACAUAGUCCUUGUGAGUUGCCGAAUUGCUUCAGCCUACAGAUGGACAUACAGGGAGCGAUGAAAAGACUGAGUGGGAAAUGGCAUGUAGUCUAUUUGGCGUUGUUCAUUUGUUUCUUGGAUGCAGUCUGGGGACAGAUACGUUACUCGAUCCCAGAGGAACUAGAGCACGGAGCUUUUGUUGGCAAUAUUGCAGAAGACCUGGGUUUGGAUUUGGAUAAGCUCUCCGCGCGCAGAUUCCGGAUAGUCUCUGGCACUAAGAAGCAGUAUGUGGAGGUAAAUCUGGAAAAUGGAGUUUUGUUCGUCAAUGAAAGAAUUGAUCGCGAAGAACUGUGCGAGCAGAGUUUGUCCUGCUCUUUUCACUUGCAAGUGGUUAUAGAAAACCCUCUGGAACUCUACAGGGUAGAGAUGGAAAUUCUGGACGUGAAUGACAACUCCCCUAAUUUCCCGUGGACCGAAUUUAAUCUAGACAUAUCAGAGUCCUCUGCGCCAGGUUCCCGUUUCCCACUUGAGAGCGCACAAGACUUAGACGUGGGAUCCAACUCCCUCCGCACCUACUUGUUAAGUGUAAACGAACACUUCUUCUUGGAUAUACAGACGCGCAGUGACGGCAGUAAAUUUGCAGAGCUACUUCUGCAAAACCCUCUGGACAGAGAGCAGCAGAGUGCGCAUCAGAUGGUGCUCACGGCCGUGGAUGGAGGUGCACCGGAGAGAUCAGGCACUGUGCAAAUUGACAUCACCGUUCUGGACGCAAACGAUAACGCGCCUGUGUUUGAUCAGUCGUUUUACAGAGUGAGGCUGGCCGAAAACGCGCCCAAAGGUACAGUUGUUAUAAAACUUAACGCUUCCGAUCUUGACGAGGGUUCCAACGCUGAUAUCACCUAUUCAUUCAGUGGCCACGCUCCCAUCAAGGUGCGCCAGCUUUUCAGCGUGGAUUCAGAAACGGGGGAGAUCAAAGUCAAAGGAGUGAUAGAUUAUGAAAAGGCCAGGAUGCAUGAAAUUUAUGUCCAGGCUAAAGAUAAAGGCCCCUCUGCCGUAGCAGUUCACUGUAAAGUGCUGGUCAACGUUUUGGAUAAAAAUGACAACCUCCCAGAGGUGAUCUUAACAUCUGUAUCCACACCUGUGCAGGAGGACGCGCCUCCCGGGACGGUAAUAGCCGUCAUCAGCGUGAUGGACAAAGACUCAGGUGAAAACGGGAAUGUGGACUGCGAGAUCCCCCAUCACGUCCCAUUUCAGCUCCACUCGUCAUUUAAGAAUUACUACACUUUGGUUACCUGCGAUUUUUUGGAUAGGGAGGCAGUCGCGGAGUACAACAUCACUCUCACUGCCCGAGAUAUGGGUUCCCCUCCUUUAUUCACCAGGAAAACAAUUUUAGUGCAAGUGUCUGAUGUGAACGACAACACGCCGAACUUUAAACAGCCUUCGUACACUGUGUAUCUGACAGAGAAUAACGCGCCGGGGGCGUCUAUUUGUGCGGUGACUGCACUGGAUCCCGAUUCUGGUCAAAAUGCGUACUUGUCAUAUUCAGUCCUAGAAGGUGACAUACACGGAAUGCCCGUGUCCACGUAUGUGUCCGUAAACUCAGACAACGGUAACAUUUACGCGCUGCGAUCCUUUGACCACGAGCAACUCAAAAACUUUCAGAUCACGAUUCAAGCUCAAGACGCGGGAUUCCCGCCUCUGAGCAGCAACGUUACAGUGAACAUCUUCAUUUUGGACCAAAACGACAAUGCACCUGUUAUAGUUUCACAUGUUCCGCAAAACGGCACUGCGCCCAGCGAAACUGUGCCCAGAUCAGUUGACGCCGGCUAUCUUGUCACCAAAAUCAGCGCGGAGGACGCAGAUGCGGGUCAGAACUCGAGGCUUUUCUAUGAGAUGCUCCAAGCAACAGACCCGAGUUUGUUCAGCAUUGCUCUUUACACGGGCGAAAUCAGGACGAUACGCCAGUUAGUGGAGAAAGACCCCACGAGGCAUAGACUGGUCAUUCUGGUGAAGGACAAUGGUCAGCCACCCCUCUCGGCCACAGUUUCCAUCAUUCUGUCAGUGGUUGACAGCCUGCCAGAUUCCCCGCCCGAUCUGGGUGACCUGUCACUAAGCCCACAUCACAGCACCAACUUUACUCUGUACUUAAUCGUGUCUCUGGGCGCAGUCUCCUUCACAUUUCUAGUGGCUAUUAUCGUCCUCGUUGCGGUGAGGAGACUGAAAGGCAGACCUUCCAACAAAGAGUCCAAGUUCCCCUCCAUCAGCUGCUGCUGCUGCUGCUCUCGUUCAGAAAUAUCCACUACCACAGAGGUGUUCAAAAAGUCCAACUUAAAUGUCCGCAUGUCCACGGGCGCGUCAGAGGUAAACAGCAACGGCGCACUCCCCCAGGUCUAUUGCUACAAAAUGUGCCUGACACCGGAAUCAUCCAAAAGCGACUUCAUGUUCCUAAAACCGUGCAGCCCGGUAAUGUCAGUUCAGCAGAAUAAUGCCAAGAGCACAGACUACCUGACUUCUGGCUGGAGCGCGCUGGACCACAAUGAGCUGUCCAACCAAAGAGCAGCAACCCCAAACGAGCUCAAGUAUUCAAACAAGGACUGGACGUGGACCAACAACCAGCGCAACUCGGCAUACAAGAGGUAUAGCUCAGCAAAUAUGGAGGGCACGCUUUCACGCCAACCAAAAUUUGACUCUGAUGGGUUUUCCUGCUCUGUGGCACCACAGUACUGGACUUGGGGGAACCACAUGAAUGACUGCAAGAUGCCUCUUCAAGAGGGAGCAGCUCCAAACUAUUCAUGGACUAACAAGUCCACACAGCCUUAUCCUGAAACACCGGACUACCAGCACAACGUGUACAUUCCUGGCACCACAACUGGAUACAGCACUCUGAAGCUGGCACCAAGAGGAGAACUGGACGUAUACAACACCUUCUCCACUUUUGGAAAGAAAAAGAAAUUCAUCUCAAACUAUGAACAAUCUUUUGACAAAGAUGGCAGUCAUAUAAGUAAUUCUAUAUUUAAGUAAUCCAAAACGUCAGCGAGGACAUGCCAAAAAUUUGUUGUCAAUGUACUGGUCAUGUUUCUGUAGCUUCUCUGUGUGUCAAAGCUGUGAAUAAACUACUGUAACUCUGCUAGCAGUACCUUUCAUAAGUUUCUAUUAAUAGCCAGCAUUUAACAAAUGUACUUUUAAGGUGUGAUUUUUUUUCUAAAAUAUAAAACUACAUCUGUUUUACUACAA